AUGCGCAUCCUUCACAUUACGCCGCGGACGACGAGGCAACCACCGAUCUACGAACAGGUACCCCAGCACGACCUCCGCCGCCGCCGCCGCCGUCGCGGGAAGCGCGGGAACACUCGCUGCUUGCCAUACGCCGCCGGCUUACGGCCAGCCUCAUCAACAGCCCAACCUGGCCGGAACAGCUGGAUUGCGGUACGGCCAGAUGAUUCUGGUCAUACAGAUGUGGAGCAUUGUCUGAUAUUGUUGACGUGCGAGUGGGACGCGAACCCGGCUCUGCGGUAUCGGACCGCAGAGGGUGGUCUCUGGAUUGAAUUCGCAGAGGUGGAGUUUGAAAAGGAUGUAGUGAUGGGAGAACGGGAGGUGGAUGGAGAGAAUGGUGUUGAUUCUGAGGGGAAAGAGAACGCUGAGGUGGAUGGGUAUAAUGCGGAUGGCGAGGAAACUGGGCAGGAGAAGGCUACGGUUGCGAGUGCUGAAGAUGAUCCUUUCAUUGACUUCUAG